GUCUGUCUGUAAACAAAAGAUUUCGUCAGUGUUUUCCACGAGCGCGAUACUGUCGUGUAUGUUUCUCAGGUCGAGCAACGUUUAGUUUUUUGUCUUUUGUUCACAAAAAAACAAAUAAAUAAAUAAAAAGAUAAAAUAGGACACUACAUUUCAAAACGUGAUUGAAAUUCCAAGGAACAGCGAUGUCAACGCAAAAACUUAUAACCCAGGAAGAAAGUCUGCACGACUCAUGGGUAGAGCUCCACUUUGAUUCAUGUAGUGAACAUAGUGAGGACGCACCAGCCCUUUCUGAUAUCACAGACCUGGAAAAAAUGCUUCUGGAAGCACAACGGGAAUCCAGCAGUAGUUCACGGACAAGUUCUCACUGUAGCAGUCCCCGACGUGUCCAGACACCUCCACUCAUCAGUGCAGCCUCCUUCAACACACACAUCAUUGCACAGGGGGAAGUUGUAGCAGAAAGCAAACAGGAAGCUGAGGCUGUCGCAAGGAUCUGUGACUGGUCCAGCCGGCCAGAGAAUGUUCCACCCACCGCAUUUAUUAUUAAACGGCCAAAACGGAACAGAAUGUGCAGCAAAAACACAGAAAAAAAUGACAAGGAAAUUAACACAAACUUGCUGAAGUUACUGUUACCCUCCCUAGUUUUGACACACAUUCUCAUGCUUGGGUUGGGGAUCUGUAUUGGACGACGCCUUUCCACUCAGUGCUCUGUUAUCUGAGUCAUAGCGUGUGUGUGUGCUGUGUGUCAGUGUCUCUAGAAAGACCCUGACAGCCUGGAACCCUUUAGUUUUCCUCCAGGAGAAAUGCAGGACUAUGUAAGAGGACACUGUGAAAAUAUGAUAGAUUUCAUCUUUUUUUUGCUUGGAAUUAAAAGUGUUUGUUACAUUAAAGACAUGAGCAUGAAGAUUAUUUUACUGACCAGGUCACAUUGUAGUCCUUCAGCUGACCUGCUUUUUAAAUAACAUUUUAAAUCAUUAUUUUUGAAAAAUACAAAUGUAUGUUUGACAGAAUAUUCAGAGGCAUAUAAAUACUUAUUCUGACAUUUACUCUGUGACAUGCUGUGGAAAACUAAUAAACUGUG